AUGAGUAAAUAUACAGGAAUAGGUAUUGGAAUAGAUUUAGGUACAACAUAUUCAUGUGUUGGUAUUUGGGAAAAUGAUCGAGUAGAAAUUAUAGCAAAUGAUCAAGGAAAUAGAACAACACCAUCAUAUGUUGCAUUUACUGAUACAGAAAGACUUAUUGGAGAUGCAGCAAAGAAUCAAAUUGGAAUGAAUGUUAAGAAUACAGUAUUUGAUGCAAAAAGAAUGAUAGGAAGAAGAUUUAGUGAACCAAGUAUUCAAAAAGAUAUGAAACAUUGGUCAUUUAAAGUAGUUGAUGAUGGACAUGAUAAACCAAUAAUUGAAGUAGAAUAUAAAGGAGAAAUUAAAAGAUUUACACCAGAAGAAAUAUCAUCAAUGGUAUUAACUAAAAUGAAAGAAACAGCAGAAACAUUUAUUGGAAAAGAAGUAAAGAAUGCAGUUAUUACAUGUCCAGCAUAUUUUAAUGAUUCACAAAGACAAGCCACUAAAGAUGCAGGAACAAUUGCAGGAAUGAAUGUAAUGAGAAUUAUCAAUGAACCAACAGCAGCGGCUAUUGCAUAUGGACUUGAUAAAAAGAGUUCAGGAGAGAAAAAAGUAUUAAUAUUUGAUCUUGGAGGAGGAACAUUUGAUGUAUCAGUACUUGUAAUUGAUGAAGGAGUAUUUGAAGUUAAAGCAACUAAUGGAGAUACACAUCUUGGAGGAGAAGAUUUUGAUAAUCGACUUGUCAAUUAUUUUAUUGAAGAAUUUAAAAGAAAAUAUAAAAAAGAUAUUAGUGGAAAUGCACGAGCAGUUAGAAGAUUAAGAACAGCAUGUGAAAGAGCAAAAAGAACAUUAUCAAGUGCAAGUGUUGCUAAUAUUGAAGUUGAUCAAAUAUAUGAAGGAAUUGAUUUUUAUACAUCUAUUACACGAGCUAGAUUUGAAGAAAUUAAUAUUGAUUUAUUUAAAUCAACUAUUGGACCAGUUUCAAGAGUAUUAGAAGAUGCUAAAAUAGAUAAAAGUAGUAUUGAUGAAGUAGUAUUGAUAGGAGGAAGUACAAGAAUUCCAAAAGUAGUUGAAAUUUUACAAGAAUUCUUUAAUGGAAAAGAACCAAAUAAAAGUAUUAAUCCCGAUGAAGCAGUUGCAUAUGGAGCAGCAGUACAAGCAGCUAUAUUAACAGGAACAGGAGGAAAAGCAACAGAAGAUGUAUUAUUACUUGAUGUUGCACCACUUACACUUGGAAUAGAAACAGCAGGAGGAGUUAUGACAGCAUUAAUUGGAAGAAAUUCAACAAUUCCAGCAAAGAAAUCAGAAAUAUUUUCUACAUAUGCAGAUAACCAGGAAGGAGUAUUAAUUCAAGUAUUUGAAGGGGAAGCAUCAAUGACAUCACAUUGUAAUUUACUUGGAAAAUUUGAAUUAACAGGAAUACCACCAGCACCACGAGGAGUUCCACAAAUAGAAGUUACAUUUGAUAUUGAUGCAAAUGGAAUAUUAAAUGUAACAGCAGAAGAUAAAACUACAAGAAAGAAGAAUAAAAUUACUAUUACAAAUGAUAAAGGAAGAUUAAGUAAAGAAGAGAUUGAUAAAAUGAUAAGAGAAGCAGAGAAAUAUAAAGCAGAAGAUGAUGAGAAUAAAGCACGAAUAGAAACAAAGAAUCAAAUAGAAAAUAUGUGUUAUUCAAUGAAGAAUACGAUUAAAGAAAUGGGAGAUAAAAUAAGUUCAGAAGAUAAAAAGAAAGCAGAAGAAAUAAUAGAAAAGAAUUUAAGAUGGAUUGAUAAUAAUCAAAAUGGAAGUAAAGAAGAAUAUGAGAAGAAAAAAGAAGAAAUGGAAAAAGAAAUAGGAAGAAUUUAUUCAAAAAUAUAUCAAGGAAGAGGAAGUAAUGAAUUUACAGGAGGAAGAAAUACAGAAAAAGAAAAUAAUAAUAAAGGACCAACAAUUGAAGAAGUUGAUUAA